UAAGGCGGAAACAACACUGCUCCAACAGGCUACCUGUGUGUUAGCGAAAAUAUUACACUUUUGUACCUAUUUUAUCCUGGAAUCCGUUGUUAUUUGAAGAAUACAUCACAGUUAGUCAGGUAUCAUUUGCCCUGGAACAUAAAUCAACAGUUUUGAGGUAGUAUAUUUAUUGUCAUCUGUGAAUACGCCGGUAAAUUAACUUUCUUUGCUGGCCGAACUACAGUAUGGACAUAGGGCCGGACGGCACGGAAGGGCUUCCAGAUGAGGCUGGGAAGAGACGCAGGGUGCACGGUAUGCUGAAGCUUUACUAUGGGCUGAACGAAGAGGGAAAGGCAACGGAGGAGCCUCAGUCUCUGGAUCCUUGUGACAUCAACGGACCGCAUUUUGACCCGGAGCACUAUCUGAACAAGCUCAGGAGGGAGUGCUCUCUGGCUGAGCUGAUGGACCAGGAGACCUGCAUGGUCAAGCAGAUCCGUGCUUUGGACAGCGACAUGCAAACCCUGGUCUAUGAGAACUACAACAAGUUCAUAUCUGCUACAGACACUAUAAGAAAGAUGAAGAAUGAUUUCAAAAAGAUGGAAGAUGAAAUGGAUUGCCUGACUACAAACAUGGAGGCGAUCACUGACUUCAGUGCUCGAAUCAGUGGGACUCUUCAAGACCAGCACACGCAAAUAACUAAGCUAUCAGGGGUCCACACGCUGUUGAGGAAGCUUCAGUUCUUGUUUGAACUGCCUGCAAGACUCAAUAAGUGUCUAGAGCUACAGGCCUAUGCUCAGGCGGUGAACUCCCACCGCCAUGCCCGCUGUGUGCUGCAGCAGUACAGUCACCUGCCCUCCUUCAAGGGAAUCCAGGAUGACUGUCACGCCAUCAUGGACAAGCUGGCUCAAGAGCUCCGCCAGAAGUUCAGGGAUGGCGGGACAAGCGCCAAAGAUUUGUCCGAGUGCGUGGAGCUGCUCCUGCAGCUGGACGAGCCGGCAGAGGAGCUCUGUGAUAAAUUCCUGAGCCACGCCCGGUCUCGACUAGAGUCAGACCUCCUGGGCCUGGAAGCAGAGAUCAGACCGUACCCUGCUGCCUCGGCCCUGAGAGAUGCUUCAGCAUGCAGGUCUUCUUCUACUGCAGCCUCGGGAUCUCCAACCAAUAAGUCCCCUAAAACAAGCUGUCUACCCUCUCCCACAUCGAAUACAGACAUCCUGGAAUUCAUAGAUCGAGGAUGCAAUGAAUUUGUUAGCAGCCUAUGCUUAGUAAUUACAUCCUAUCAAGAACUGUUCAUCAAUCAUCCUCAGUCCGGUGAGCUCGCUUCAAAAAAUAUUCCUCAGAUGGCAAACGGAAAGCUGCAGGUCUUUGUGGACGAUCUGGCUGCCCGGUACUUCUCCCUGGUGGAGAGACGGAUACAGGAAGAGAAAGGGGUUGGCGAUAACUCCCUCCUGGUCCGGGCACUGGAUCGCUUCCACCGCAGACUCCAGGCAGUGUCCAAGCUGCUGCCGGGGUCAGCCGUUCCAAACAAGGGGACGGAGAUCGUGGUGCGGGCAGCGAUGGAGCGGGUGAAGCAGUACCUGUCUGCCCUGCAGAGCUUCUACAUGGACAGCCUGACGGAUGUGAGGCAGGCCCUGGCCACCCCUCGCCUCUCUGUGGCCGGAGCCUCGGUGGCUGGGGGAGGAGCUCACCUCGGGGGCAUGGCCUCUGGCCGGGAAGCUCCAUCCAGCCUGCCCGAGCUGCUCUCCUCCCUGUCCGCCUCCAUUCUCAACCAGAUUAAGUCCGUGCUGGCAUCAGUGCACCUCUUCACAGCUAAAGACAUAACAUUCUCCAACAAGCCGUACUUCAAGGGGGAGUUCUGCAGUCAGGGUGUGCGUGAGAGCCUCGUGGUGAGCUUCAUCAAGUUUGUGUGCCAGUCUUCUCGUCAGUUUUGCGAGAGCGCUGGAGACAAAGGGGGCUCCACUCCCCCCGCUCUCCUGCUGCUGCUGUCACGCCUUUGCCUGGACUACGAAACCUCCACCAUCUCCUACAUCCUGACGCUCACAGACGAACAGUUCCUCGUGCAGCAUCACAGUCCCGUAACACCGGUCACAACUUUGUGUGCAGAGGCCAGGGAGGCCGCGCAGAAACUGCUCAACCACUAUGUCAAGGUUCAGGGCCUGAUUAUUUCUCAAAUGCUGCGAAAGAGCGUUGAGACCAGAGACUGGGUCAACACCAUAGAGCCGCGAAACGUCCGUGCCGUGAUGAAGAGGGUGGUGGAGGACACCACCUCCAUCGACGUGCAGGUACGGCCAACUGCGGCACUGUCUGGGCGCCUAUUCUGUUAUCUGCCCACCAUGACCCGCAGAUCUGACCCUACUCAACAGGUGGGUCUCCUGUACGAAGAGGGCGUCAGGAAGGCACACAGCAGCGACUCCAGCAAGAGGACCUUCUCCGUCUACAGCAGCUCCAGGCAACAACCGCGCUAUGCCGCCAGCUACACGCCAAGUGCUCCCAUGGAUACCAACCUACUGAGCAACAUACACAAGCUCUUCUCUGAAAGGAUUGACAUCUUCAGCUCGGUGGAGUUUAACAAGGUUUCCGUGAUGACAGGAAUCAUCAAGAUCAGCUUAAAGACCUUCCUGGAGUGCGUCCGCCUGCGCACCUUCGGCCGGUACGGGCUGCAGCAGAUCCAGGUGGACUGCCACUACCUGCAGAUGUACCUGUGGCGCUUCGUUUCCGACGAGAACCUGGUGCACUUCCUCCUGGACGAGAUCGUGGGCAGCUGUGCCCACCGUUGCCUGGACCCGGCGCCAAUGGAGCAGAGCGUGAUCGAGGUCAUAUGCGAAAGGGGCUAAGGCCCACAGAGCAGCUCACGCAGAUGGCGUCACAUCAUUCACUGGAAUCACUGCAAGUAGAGAAGUUCGUCCAAACGUGCUCAUAAAAAAAAAAAGUGAAAUAUUAGCUUAAGCUUUGUAAAUAAAUCUUUAUUGUCGGAAAUGACUGACCGUACACUUACAGCAUCUCUGCAUUUACAUUGCAAGUCUUUGCCUCUGUUUACCAUAAUUGUGCUACUUGUAAUCUCAUAGCCCUGGUUGAUAAAGCAUGAAUAUUUGAGAGAAAAACAAUCGUGUAAUGAUCUCUGUUUGGAAAAUAGACAACAUGAAUUAUCCAUUAAGGCACAGAGGCUUGUGGGACAUGCUCCACUGGAAGGAAAGCGUUCAAUGUAAAUAGGGACUAUCAAUGAUAAUAUAUACAAAGCCUCUGUUCUGUGAAAACUUGCAUUAAUAAAUCCCUGUCGGAUGUUUAUCAGCAUAAUAAUUGUUCCAUUUCUGCGAUUGUAACCGAACACUAACUGUAGCACACCAUGCCAUCAGCAGAAUUGAUGCAUUUGUUUCCAAAUUUUUAACAAAUUCAGGGUUUGGUUUAAAUGUCUGUCUUCAAUAAAAACUGAAUGAAAACUGGA